AUGUUACUUCGAGGAUGGAGAGCAUCUCUGUUUCAGCCUUGUUGUGAUCACCCUUUGUCCGUGCAUGAUCCGUUGUUUGUUCAAACUCCUACUGACAAUAAAGUCUCUCUCUCAGUCGAUGAUCGAGAAUUCUUACGUAUCAUGGAUGAGCAGGUCCAUAAAAAUCCAGAUGGAGGCUGGAUAGCCCCAUUGCCUCUUCGCUCAGGUAGGCCCCGUUUACCCAACAAUAAGAAACAGGUUGUUAAAAGGACCAACAAUCUUCUCAAAGGUCUAGAGAAAGAUCCUGUAAAGAAAGCUCACUUUUUUGAGUUCAUGGAUAAAUUAUUCAGCAAUGGUCAUGCUGAAUUGGCCCCCAAGUUAGGUCCAUAUGACGAGUGCUGGUACUUACCUAUAUUUGGUGUUUACCACCCUAGGAAACCCAACCAAAUCCGAGUUGUAUUUGACUCAUCAGCCAAGUUAGAGGGUGUCUCUCUAAAUUCCGUCCUCCUUCAAGGUCCCGACCUUACUAAUAGCUUGUUAGGUGUUUUGAUAAGAUUCAGAAAGGAUCAGAUUGCUGUGGUAGCAGACAUAGAGCAGAUGUUCUAUUCCUUUAGGGUGCAGGAGAGCCAUAGAAAUUAUCUCAGAUUUUUUUGGUUUAAAGACAAUGACCCCACUAACGUAUUGGUAGAGUAUCAAAUGGCUAAGCAUGUAUUUGGCAACAGCCCUUCGCCAGCUAUAGCCACCUAUUGCCUUAGAAAAUCUGUUGACAAUUCUGAUGAAGAUAUUAGAGUAUUUGUAAAUAGGGACUUCUAUGUAGAUGAUGGGUUAUCUUCGCAACCCUCUGUAGAAAAAGCUGUAGACUUGUUAAAAAGAACUCGGAGAGAUUUGAGCGCUAGCAAGUUGCGCCUCCACAAGAUUGUGUCUAAUGAACCUGAAGUUUUGAAGCAAUUUUCUGUUGAUGACUUAGUGGACAUGUCAGUUCAGCCUGUUACUAAGAGAGGUAUUUUGUCGACAAUUAAUAGUCUUUUUGAUCCGCUUGGAUUUUUGGCCCCCGUAGUACUAGAAGGAAGGUUAAUCCUUCGAGAGAUAGUAUCCACCAAGGUAGAAUGGGAUGAUCCUAUUCCUCUAGAUAUUGCUAAGAAAUGGGAAAGUUGGAGAUGUAGAUUAGCAGAUGUCGCAUCUCUCGACAUUCGUAGAAGUUAUUUUGUCGGCUCACUUAGUCAAAUGUCUAGACUUGAGUUGCAUAUUUUUGCAGAUGCAUCAGAAAGUGCUGUAUCUGCUGUUGCAUAUGUUGUAGGAUACUCAUCCAAUGGCCAGUGUCAGAUAGGUUUUGUGUUAGGAAAGAGUAAGCUUGCCCCUGAAAAAGGUCACAGUAUCCCAAGGUUAGAGUUGUGUGCUGCAGUGUUAGCUACUCAAAUAUAUCAGUCUUAUGUUAGUAAUCGUGUUCAGAAAAUUCUUCAUGUUAGCAAUUCAAGACAGUGGAAUUAUGUUCCCUCUAAGUUAAACCCUGCAGAUAUAGGAAGCAGAGGUGCAAGCGUUGAGCAAUUGAAGCAAAGUUCUUGGUUACAAGGCCCAAGCUUACCUUUACCAGGGCAGGUGUCCACACCUGAGUACUUUCCACUCCUUAGUCCCGAGCACGACAAGGAAAUUCGCCCUGAAGUUUGCAUUCUGUCAACCAAAGUUAUUGUAGGGAAGUCACUUGCAAGCAUUGUCGAUAAGUUCUCAUCUUUUGAGAGAUUGGUCAGAGCUGUGUCAACUCUUAGGCAUAUUGUAUUAUCUUACCACAAAAGAUUACCCUGUAAAGGAUGGCAUCUUUGUCCUGAAGCUAAGGAUGUUAAGUUUAGGGAUGAGGUCAAAUUUUACCUGUUAAGUAAGGUCCAGCACGAAGUUUACAGUAAGGAGUUAAAGCUUCUUUCAGAAGGCAAGGCCCUAAAUAGAGAUAGUAGCAUUUUGUCUCUAGAUCCUAAGCUUGGUUCUGAUGGUUUACUUCAUGUUGGUGGUCGCCUCAAUAGGAGUAAACUGCCUGAACUAGAGAAAAACCCUAUAGUCUUACCUGGUAAGCACCACCUCUCUCGACUUUUGGUAGAACAUUACCAUAAGUUGAUACAUCACCAAGGUAGAUCCUUUACCGAAGGCGCAGUUAGGUCAGCUGGCUUUUGGAUAACUGGAGGGAAACGUUUAGUUUCUACUGUCAUCCGUGACUGUGUAUUGUGUAAGAGGUUAAGAGGUCGUUUUGAAUGUCAGAAAAUGUCUGAAUUGCCUAUUGAAAGAGUAGAACAGGCUCCGCCCUUUAGUUAUGUUGGGGUUGAUGUAUUUGGUCCCUGGGAAGUCGUGGCUAGACGCACUAGGGGUGGACAUGCAGCUUCCAAAAGAUGGGCAGUGUUGUUCACAUGUCUUACUAUUCGUGCUGUUCAUAUAGAGGUUAUCGCUGAAAUGUCGUCAUCUGCAUUUAUUAAUGCCCUCCGUAGGUUUAUCUCUUUGCGUGGUAAGGUCAAACAGUUCCGAUCUGAUCGUGGAUCAAAUUUUGUUGGUGCCACUAGUCUUCUCAAUAUUGAAGUUAUAAAUGUCGAAGAUGAGAAAACUCAAGGCUUCCUUCAAUCUCAUGAUUGUCAGUGGGUUUUCAAUAGCCCCCAUAGUUCACAUAUGGGAGGGGUCUGGGAGCGGAUGAUUGGUGUCUCCCGCCGCAUCCUUGAGGCAAUGUUACUUGAAGUUAAGAGUUUGACACAUGAUGUUUUAGUUACUCUAAUGGCCGAAGUGUCUGCGAUCAUCAAUUCUCGACCUAUUGUCCCUGUAUCUAAUGAUCCAGAUAUCCCUGAGGUGUUAAGCCCCUCCUCACUUCUCACUCAAAAGUUAGAGUGUGAUCAAACCCCUCUAGGCAAUGUAGACAUUAAGGAUCUGUACAAAAAAACAGUGGAAGCAAGUACAGCACCUUGCCUGUCAGUUCUGGGUCCGUUGGAGGAGAGAAUACCUUCAAACUUUACAGGGUCGUAG